UAAAAUUUAAAAGUAAAACAUAAAAAAUAUAUACUUCUAUAAUAGAGUAUUUAAGUAUUUAUUUAAUAUUUAAAUAUUUAUUUGUAGAUAUCAUAUCUAAAUAAAUAUGAAAUUGAAUAUUUGAAAUACAUAUUUAUGUUUUAAAUAUUUAUGUCAUAAAUCUAUUCGGUAUUGUUUACAGGUUUUAGGGUCACGGAUUUUAUGCUCAGUCCGAGUCUACUCGGAACAAAUGAACAUUGACCAAUCGCAUCAAUACAGAAUCAAACACGUUGACUUUAAAAAAAGAAAAUAAUCCUAACUUACUAAAAGCGAAUCGUAACAUGUCCACGUUGCAACAGAUCUAACGGCCAGGAGAAGAUCUCUCGUGCUCUCUCUUCAUAUACAGAAGCCACGAUAUAUUCACUCUGUAACUGCUCCGCUCAUAUUCAAAACUGAGAGAUUUUCAGAAGAAUAUCCUUAAAGCGUUCUGCUGAUCGAUGGGCGUGGUUGAUUUGAUCACAAGGGUUGACUCAAUCUGCAAGAAGUACGAGAAGUACGAUCUCGUUAAACAGAGAGAAGAAGCUAACAUCUCGGGUGACGAUGCUUUCUCUCGUCUCUACUCCUCCUUCGAAUCUGCACUCGAAACUCUUCUCCAGAAAACGGAGGAGUUCUCGUCUGAGACGAACAGAGCGAAAGCUGUAGCGAUGAACGCGGAGAUACGAAGAACGAAAGCUCGUUUGCUCGAAGGUGUUCCGAAACUACAGAGGCUUGCUCUCAAAAGGGUUAAAGGGCUCUCACAGGAAGAGUUUGAUGCUAGAAAUGACAUGGUGUUGUCGUUGAGAGAGAAGAUUGAGUCCGUACCAGAAGGGUCUGUUCCUAUAAAUGGUUGGACUGCUUCAACAUCGUACACUAACAUCAGACUCGACACAAAUGUCUAUGAUGACAGAGUUGAUAGUGGAUAUUUCCAGCGAACUGAAGAGUCUGGUAAUUUUAAACAAGAGUACAAGAUGAGAAGAAUGAAGCAGGAUCAAGGGUUGGAUUUCAUAGCUGAAGGGUUGGAUACACUCAAGAACAUGGCUCAAGACAUCAAUGAGGAACUUGAUCGACAAGAACCACUCGUGGAUGAAAUAGAUACAAAGAUUGAUAAGGCAUCUACUGACUUGAAAAGCACCAAUGUGAAGCUCAAGGAUACGGUAACUAAGUUGAGAUCCAGCCGCAACUUCUGCAUAGACAUCAUCCUCUUAUGCAUACUCCUUGGAAUAGCUGCCUUCAUUUACAACUCGGUGAAGUGAAAGCUGGUAAUGCCGCAUCACACAAUACAUGCACACGCAUAGAAGCAUGUUCAUGCAAGUUAAGAGUCAAAUGAGCGAAGUUUCAGUUUUCAUCUGUCUUAUUAUACAGCCAAUCUAUCUUUGGUGUCUGCUAAACUAGCCAAAAGAUAAUAUUUCAGUUAAUAAUCUGUUAUUUUAUUUUUCUUGUCAAAUGCAUCAAACACUAACAAUAUAUAUUGAUCCAAAGAGGACAGAUCGUUUGGGGUAAGCCGAUCAGCACCUUUUUUAGUAUUCGAACGAACUACAUGAAGAAACAGGAACUAACUCCACGUCUCCAAUGCUCUGUAUGUUAUAUUGAUGUGCAAGGAUAAGCUUGCGUGUACGGACUUGUUCUCCUGUA